UGUGUGUGUGUGUGUGUGUGUGUGUGUGUGUGUGUGUGUGUGUGUGUGUGUGUGUGUGUGUGUGUGUGUGUGUGUGUGUGUGUGUGUGUGUGUGUGUGUGUGUGUGUGUGUGUGUGUGUGUGUGUGUGUGUGUGUGUGUGUGUGUGUGUGUGUGUGUGUGUGUGUGUGUGUGUGUGUGUGUGUGUGUGUGUGUGUGUGUGUGUGUGUGUGUGUGUGUGUGUGUGUGUGUGUGUGUGUGUGUGUGUGUGUGUGUGUGUGUGUGUGUGUGUGUGUGUGUGUUUCUGCGUCCACCUGAUCUAGACUCAGCUGCGUGCAUUCCUAGCUCCAAGCUCCCCAAAACCAGCGUCUUUUCGCAGCCUACCUCCUGGAGCGAGGCACAUACUAUGUACACAAGGACUCUAGGCUCCUUGCCGUACACACCAAACACUUUGAUGGCUCCCCCGCCAGUGCAUCGUGUUUCGAUCAAGCGGCCGCGCAGCCCCGACAAGGGCGAGACGCUGCGGCUGGUGCUGGAGCCGCCGUCGGUGCCCGCCAGGAAGAGGCGGCUCGGCAGCCACCCGUGUCUUCACGUGGAUGACCACAACCGUGUGCUGGGUUCGGUGAACGGCCACGCGUGCCUCGUCCAGCUGGACUCCAGGGCCCAGAUCACCUUCCUCUUCCACACCAUGGCCAAGAGGCUGGGGCUGAUCACCGGCACGGAGCCCACCGAAAAGCAGGACAUCGACCUCUGGAUCGGCUCGCGGGUGCUGGACGUCAUAGAGCUGAAGGCCGUCCCCAUCAGUCUGGGGGGCGGCGUGGAGAUGGUCGUUCCCGCCACUGUGUUCCUGGCGUGGCUGGAGGACAUGUACGACGCAGACGAGGUCGUGCUGGACGCUCACCACUUGCGGCGCGGCCGCAUGGUGCAGGUGUUUCGGCCUGACGGCAGCGACCUCUUCGUCUGCCGUCCGCAGCAGCAGCGGAGGAGGCCGAGGAAAACGGAGCGCUCCGUGGAGCCUGACGUCCUCUGGGUGCGGCGGGAGGGCGGCGCGGCGCGGGCCAGGCCCAUGACGGUGCUGCUGGACACCGGCGCCCAAGGCUUCCACGUGUCUGAAAGACGCCGCAAGCUGCUCCUCGCAAGCAGGAAAGGCCGCAGGCCGCCCAAGCGCGUCGUGCUGGACUUGGGCGACGGCUGCCGCGUGAACGCCGCGCCGCUGGAGGAGGUGGCCUCCAACGACCAUGACUUUGUCAUGGGCGUCUCCCUCCUGUGCAAGUACGGCGCCGUGCUGGACCACGCCCGCCACACGCUCGCCUUCAAGACCGGCUCCCAGUGGCGGGAGGUCAGCACACAAGGCCCUCAGCAGGGGGUGGUCAGCGCACAAAGGUUCCACUAAGCAGCUCGUCGGGAACAAGGUGGUGGAGGCGAGAAAAGCGUGUGAGGAUAACAGUUACAUGGCACACUAAACACCAAGCCAGCACCUAGGCUCACAGGGAAGGGUGUGGCCAACACACCUCCAAGUAAAGGAGAGAUUUAUGUUCAUGGACGGUGAGCUUAGGUGUGGUUAAGUUUACAGGAGCUGCCUUGAAUAAGCCCACCGGCCUUGCAGACUCCUUAUGUUCUUCUUUUCUCUAUCUCUCUAUCUCUCUCCAUCUACCUCUAAUACUUUUCAGGUGUACAUUAAGAGAGUUUCCGGAGACUAGGAGGCUGUGUCUGAGGGAACACUAAUGUCUUUGGGGGUUGACCCAACAAGUCCAUAUUUCUUUGAACAUGUUGACUGACCACUAAACGCACAGCGGACAAGACUUUUCUUGUCAAGGUCCUUUGCUUUUUACCAACUCAGCGUGAAUUAGCCACAAAGCAAUUCCUCGUGAGUGAAACAACGGCACCCAAGCUGUUUUUGUAAUCUUUUCUCUUAAUUUCCUCGAUGAUGCAACAUUGCGGCGGAACUUAGGAGUCAAAAGACUGCCCGUAAGAGGAGGGGAGUUGAUGAGACGAAUAGCCUUAGACUCCACUCUGUCCAAGAGAGCAAGAGAGCCGUAGCUGAGUCGACAGAGUGACGGCGCCGCGUUCAGGAGGACGCGAGU